AUGCCCGAGUUAGCAGAGAUCCACCGCAUUGUGCAUUUCAUUCGUGAGCAUCUUGUUGGGAAGACACUCUCGAAAGUACAAGCACAGCAUGACGACAUUGUAUUUGGCAAAGUUGGCACCAGUGCCGCCGAAUUUCAGAAGGCAAUGCAAGGGAAGAAGGUUGUGGGAGCAGGCCAGCAAGGCAAAUACUUCUGGAUGACGAUGUCUUCACCACCGCACGCCGUGAUGCACUUCGGUAUGGCUGGCUGGUUGAAAAUCAGGGAUGCCGACACCUAUUAUUAUCGGUCUGACAAGCCUGGCGAUGAGGAAUGGCCUCCUAAGUAUUGGAAGUUCUUGCUGGAGACAAGUGACGAGGUGAAAACAGAGGCAGCAUUUGUGGAUGCCCGCAGACUUGCUCGCAUUAGGCUGGUGGAUUGUCCGGCCGAUGAGAUUCGAAGCCAUACACCCCUGAAGGAGAAUGGACCUGAUCCAGUCACCGAUAAGGACAUUGUGAAUGAAUCAUGGCUGACAGAGAAGCUGGGGAAGAAGAAAGUACCGAUUAAGGCUUUGCUGCUCGACCAAGCAAAUAUCAGCGGAAUUGGAAAUUGGAUGGGCGAUGAGAUCCUCUAUCAUGCCAAGAUACACCCAGAGCAAUACAGCAAUACUCUGAAAGAAGAACAGAUCAAGGAGCUACACACCGCCAUUCACUAUGUCUGCUCGACAUCUAUCGGUGUACUGGCAGAUUCAGAAAAGUUCCCCGAGCACUGGCUUUUCAAACACCGAUGGGGCAAAGGGAAGAAGAACCACUUGAAUGCCCUUCCCAACGGCGACAAGAUCAGUUUCCUUACCGUUGGAGGCCGGACCAGUGCCGUUGUUCCAGCUGUCCAGAAAAAGACUGGCGCUGUCGCCAAGGAUAUUGAAGAAGAUGCUACACCAUCCACACCGGCCAAUUCGAAACGGAGACGUGUCGCCCCAAAGAAGGAAAGCGAAUCGGAAGUGGAGGAGAGUCAGACAAAGAAGCGGGUGACUUCAAAGCAAAAGAAGCCGGUUAUGAAGACUGAGGAUUCCGAUGAGGAGAAGACAAAGCCUGCUGUUGUUGGCAGAAGACGAUCUACCCGUAUAACAAAGUGA